UCCACCUGCAAAGGCUACGUUACCAGCAAUACUGCAGAAAUCCGACUGGUCGGCGGUAAUGGCAGCUAUGGCCUAGUCGAGACUUACGAUGGGACAAGAUGGUAUGGAAUUUGCGAAAGACGUUUGAGUAUGGCUGGUGCCCACGUCGUGUGUCGGGAGCUGGGCUUCGGGCCAGCCAUUGCCGACCCGUUCGAAUGGCAGAAAAGCCAGGCGACUGGUUCCUUUCCCGUGAAUAUUAACGCCACUGUUCCCCAUGGGAAAAACAUCAAUUAUUACUGUCAUGGUUCUGAAAAGUUCCUCCAUCAGUGUGGGCGGUCUGUUGCAUUAGGAUCGGUUAAUUGUGAGCCACAUCUUUUUCUUGGUGUAGCGUGCUCCCGAGCUCCGGCAUCUCAGAAAUGUGUGUCCACCUGCGACUUGUUGAAUGGUUUCACUGUUCCUGUGUCUGCACCGCACACCUGUGUGAGGUGUGCCGUGUCCCAUGGCGUGUGCAAGCGAUGCAGCCGACGGGAUCCCAGCAUUUGCGAGGAAUGCUAUGGGGGAAGGUUCUUUUCUUAUUUUGCUGGCUGCGUGCUCAAAUGCGAUCCCAAGUACGAGUUUGGUAACACCGUUACUGGCCGCUGUGAGUUGUGCAACUCGAAGUGUGCAGGAUGUUACGACAGUACACGAGAUGACAACUGCAUUCGCUGCGCUAAGGGAUUUGUCCUGGACGGCACACGGUGUGUAUCGACAUGCCCCUCCGGUCAGCUUGCCAUGCACAUGGAGGUGUGCACUGCGGUCAGUGCUGUAGCAUGUGAUGCUAGUGAAACGUGCGACGAGCAAGCAGGCUGUUUCAAUACCAGCAGUGUGGCAGGCAUUAAGUCAGCCUGUUGGCCAUGCCCUGCUGGCUCGGCAGGAAAUGGAAAAGAAUGUAAAGUGUAUUCUGCCCGAGGGCACAAGCUGGUCGCAAUGCCACGUAAUCAAACCGCACUGGUUGGACAGAGCGUGGUAGUGGAACUGGUUUGCCGUGCAAAUAUGACAACAACUACCUACUGGUUCCAUGAAGGCCGAAGGCUGCAACUGCGGCCACAGGUUUUGACAGAAAAGCACCAACUUUUCCAAAAGUCCCACUAUGUAAUGGGUACGAAUGGAUCUCUAUUCCUGACUCGCAUCACCCUAUCAAUGGGGGGAACAUACACCUGUGUCUCCCAAACCACCCAACUUCAACUAUCCGUUAGUGCCUAUGUUACUGUUCUAGACCCCUAUGCGUUGAAAAUCGCUAGCACACGCCCUGCGGGUGAUGUGUCGCUCGCCGAGAUGCAGCCCAUCUCCCUGACAUGCACAAUGGAGCACUUCACAUUCGUUGACAUCUUCUGGCGAUACCCAGCCACCGUCUAUGACGCAAGCAGACGUGUCAUGACCGAGCGGGCAAAGAGUCUAACAUCAUCACUUACUAUUCACCACGCAGUCGCCGCAGACAGCGGUGUUUACAUUUGUGUAAUCAAGAACAGCACUCAACAAACUGAGCAUCGUUUUUCCGUCACAGUCAGACAGAUCACAUGCAACAACAUGGAAGCGCAUCUUUCAAGAGUUGUGUCAAGAGAUAUACAGUCGACUCCUGAUAUAGCGAACACCAUUGUGUAG